GCAGACGCGUGCGGUAGAAAUGGCGCGCUAUGCGGCGAAGCUGAUGGACGAUGGUUCCAUCACGGUGGACGCUCCUACCUCAGCCUUCCCUCCCUCAGGCUUCUUCACCUUGUUCCAUCCGAAGAAAGAAGGAUGCAAGCCAUACUCUUUCCACAAGUACGUAGAGCAAGCUCCGUACACCAAGGAUCACUUCGCGAUCAAGAAGGAGGAAGAGAAUGCAAACUGGACUUGCCUGAUUGCAGCAACGGGAAAAGAUGGAGAAGUUCUUGACGACAGGAAGUUCAGUCUCCCCCACCUUGGCUUGCCGUCAUUAGGCAAGAAGGGAUUGUCCGUGUACCCCGACAGAGAUGGCAAUGACAGAAAGUCGCUCGGCGUCGGGUUCCCCACGGAUAAGGAGAUCUUGGAUACAGUAUUUGUUGUCCCAGGACUUGAAAUUCCGCUGUCUGCAACCCCUGAAGAGCCAAACUUGAGGUGCAGGAUGUACCGCAACAAGUAUCCUGAUGUUGAGGAAACCGUUGUAGUGCUUGUCAAGCGUAUUGAUGUGAUGGGAGUUUAUGUUUCCUUGGUGGAGUACGAUGAUACCGAGGGCAUGAUUUUGCUUUCUGAGCUUUCAAGAAGACGAAUCCGCUCAGUGAAGAAGCUGAUCAACGUUGGGAGACAAGAAGUUGCGCUUGUUUUGCGUGUUGACAAAGACAAGGGUUACAUCGAUCUUUCUAAGAGACGUGUGUCGCCCGAGGAUGUCGAAAAGAUCGAAGAAAAAUUUAACAAAUCAAAAUCAGCUCACAGCAUCAUGAGGAACUUAGCAACUACCCAGAAGAGAGACGUCGAAGAUCUCUAUGACUCUUUCGGCUGGGAACUCGGAGAGGAAUGUGGCCAUUUGCUCGACGCCUUCAAACGUUUGCUGAGUGACCCAACUAUCCUGGACAAGUACUGCAUGAGCGAAGAUGUCAAGAAAGCCCUUUUGAGGAACGUUGAGAUGAGAUUGACACCCCAGCCUGUGAAGGUUCGUUCGGACUUUGAAGUCACAUGCUUUGCGUACGAGGGAAUCGAUGCAAUCAAGGCCGCGCUCUUGGAGGGAGUGAAGUGCGGAACGGAAAUGAAUCCCAUCUCCGUUCGCCUCAUCGCACCUCCGCUCUACGUGAUGACAUGCAACACCCUGGAUCAGGACGUAGGCAUCAAAUUGCUUGAAGGAGCUCUUGAGAAAGUCAAGGACGAGAUCAUCAAGCGAAAUGGAGAGAUGGCAAUCAAGAUGAAGCCCACGGCUGUCGGAGCAGAGGAAGAAGCAGCUCUUGCAAAGGCUCUUGAAGACGCUCAGCGCGCGAACAUGGAGGUGGAAGGAGAUGACGAUGAGGAGGAAGACGAAGAUUAGAAAGCUUAAAAGUGUGUACCAGAAGGCAUUGACGUUUUUUUGGGCUCUUUUAAGGAUUGUAUGAUUUCUGCAGCAGCAGUUGGGCUUGUCAUUUAUUUUUUUUAAAAGAAAUGCUUUUC